CGAAGCGGCCACCACGUGUGAACGUGAACAGACUCCAGUGCGGCGUGCUCUCCGGACGAAAGAAGAUAUGCUUUCAGAUGGCUAAGGUAGUAGCUAGGUAGUUACCUGCUGAUUAGAACGGCAACUAAUUCAUUCGAUUGUUGGGGCUUGACCAGGUAUUCUACGCCGACAAAAACGACGGCCGCAUCUACGACGAGCACUUGCUGAGGUAAUUAUUAACCUUUUCUAAACCAAUCGAAAUCUGAAUAGAAUAGCUUUAUUUAAAGUAGCAUAUAUUUUCACAAGCGAACGUGAAUUAAAAAAAUUAUGAUAGAAAUAACUCACAACUUUUUCUCUGGGUAAACCAACACAUUCGGAAAUAUUUGAAUUUUAAACACUUGAAGCAAAGUGCAACAAGACUGGCACUUCCUCGUUAAUUGGUGGGAAAAGAAUUCGGCUUUAGCUAAUGGGCCCUAAACAUUUCCAUCCAUCUCGCAAACAAAAGUUAGUUAAGCACAUCAGAUCGAUGGAAUGAAGUCUGAUGCAUCGAUGCAUAAAUACAUCGACGCAUCAGACGCUUCCGGGAAAUGGGUUUCCCCAACACAAAUCGGAAGUAGGGAUGCGUGACUAAUAAGAAAUUAUUUCCGGCAUUUCUUCACGAUAAAAUGAAUAGCAUUGCUGCUAUAUGAGAUGGCCCUUCAGCGUUAAAAUCCAAAGCGUUUAAGUUUCAGUACCGAUACUGCACGCGCGAUCUGCACGGUCUCAUGGCUUAGAUGGCAAAGCGCCUGCCUAGUAAGCAGGAGAUCACGAGUUCGAGUCUCGUUGGGACCUUUUUAAUCUAUUCUUAAUAAGUCUAAAUCUUUUCAGGAUAGCUGUUUUGUAAAAGUAGGGUUCUUUUUCACAGCCGAACGUGAAUUAAAAAAAAAAAAUAUGAUAGCUUUAGAAUUUUUUUAAUUUAUUUAAACGGAGCGUACUCAUGAACUCAUCUCGCUGUGAAGAGCACGAAAGCUUAUCAACUAUGUGAAUAGUUGCGUCCAUUCCGUGUAAAAGGUUUAAAACCGCAACAACUGCGCACUUCGCAGCUGUUUUUACGUUUGUGUAUUUGAAUGACCAACUAAAAGUACGGGUGAUAGUAUGGGUUGACGAGAUUAUUCCCUUGAAUAUCAAGGCAAAUUUACGGGAAAAUAAUUGUGGUUAUCCAGACCACACUUGCUUUCAUCAGUUGUGCAUCCUGACAACUUUCCUCAUUUUACGGGUUGGCUGCAUCAGGAAAAAAUGCCGUAAUGUCUUACUAUGUGGUGUAGUACUGACCCACUUCACACAAAAACAGGUGAACAGGUGGCAUAUAAAAUGCUUAAAAGUUAUCUAGCUUCAAGGACUCCUAUUGAGUCAUAGCGUAGACAAAUUAAAAGAAACUUAUCGAAUUGUAACCCUUAAAACAAGACAUUUAAAAUGGGGAAACCCAUUAUAAUUUCCCGUCGAUUGGGUAUUUCCAAUCUCGGAAUUCCCCACAGGACAAUGGGAAAACCCGUAGCUCGAUGAGCUGCUCGUUUCCAGCCUUUUUCUGUAUAAAACACGUUGUACCGCAAUCAAAUGGAGACUAAGACAACAUGAUUUGUGUCUCCGCAAUUCACCCAUUUUCAAAUGUCCCAGACAUUAUCACGGCAGAGAUUUAUAUGUGGGAAGAGAUUUUUUUUUAGGAAGGAGCGUCGUAUCCGGAACGUGCACAGUUGAGUACCUAGUUAUCGAUCUGUCCUGAAAUUCCGGCCUGCGUAACGGAUUUUACCCGUUAUAGCGAAACGAAAUAUUCUCUUGCAGCCAACAAUCGAAUGAGUUUAUACUUCUUGCUUGAGUUUAUUAUAAUAGCUUUCCCCCUACAAAAUAACUUGACCUUCCAUCCAUAACAUAUUUGCGUUUUAUACACGGUUGCCAGCCCGGAACCCAACUCCCUAUACCUUAUUCAAUAGAAAUUCUUCUCAGAACCCUAGACUUUUCUGAUGGAGCCCGUAAGGCAUACUAUAGCAAUAAAAAUCGUAUUAUAUUGCAGUUGUAAAAAAAAAAAUUGGGUUUUUUUUUUUAAUGAAUUGGUAUAACGUCUCCCGAAAAUUCGAUGCAUCGUUAUACCCAAGUAAUCCGACCGCUAAUGCGACGCCCCAUAUAAUUUUAUAACAAUCUUUUUAGUUACGACAAUAAACUAAGUUAUUUUUAUGAGGGGGAACCCCUUUCCCCAAUAGGAACAAAUUUGACUUUCUCCAAAAUAUUUUAAAGAAAAAACCCAGCACUCUACAAACUGUUUGCUGCUGGGCUUAUUGUCUAUAAAUGGUGGCGUCCCAUUCAUGCCAGGAUAACACUCCAAUUGUGGACGACGUCAAGAUAACAUGGUCCGGGUCGCCGCAAUAGCUGCAUUUAUGCAGAUUUCCGUAUUGUGGAUGAAUGCCGUUGUCGGUUUUGAUUUGGAGGACCAACUGCAACAAAUGAGAACAAAAUAUGAAAUUAUAGCUGCGAAGAUUCACCAACUGGAAGCACUGGAACGAAGAAUAGAACAGCUGGAAUUGUUUUCACAUGACUUACAACAGAGAAAAUGCCCUACAACUAACAAAUCCGUUCCGCAGAAUACUGAAAUUAGCCGCCAAUCAAGAGAAAAAAGUUCCAUACCUAGAACUUGUCACGAUAUUCGCGUAGCUCAUCCGUCCCAAACUUCCGGCAUGUACUGGAUCGAUCCGGACGGUCAAGGCGUCGGCGAAGACCCAAUCGUCGCCUUCUGUAACAUGACAACAGGUUCGACUGCUAUUUUGCACGACAGCGAAUCCAGGAUAUCCGUUUCACAUUGCAGUGAUCCCGGAUGUUAUUCGAGAUUAAUUAAAUAUUCAGCGACAAGUGGACAAAUGUCGGCAUUAGCCCAGUUAUCAGAUGAAUGCCACCAGUCAAUCAGGUAUGAUUGUACCAGUGCUCCGUUGCAGAUCUACGGCAUCAUGUUUUCCUGGUGGAAUGAUAACGACGGUAAUCCGCAUUACUUUUGGUCCGGCAGAAAGAGUAACGUCCACACAUGUCAGUGCGGAAUAGAACGCAAUUGUGUUGAAGACCUUGCUGCUUGCAAUUGCGAUUCGAGUCUACCAACACCGCUAACAGAUAUUGGAGUCAUCACGGACAAAAAUAUCCUGCCGAUCACACGACUGAACUUCGGUGGGACCUUAACGGCAAAUUCGACCAGUCAACACACCCUCGGACGAUUUGAGUGUACAGGACAAGUGGCUGUCGAUGAAAUACCGACUUCAUCUGGGGAUCAUUGGCGCAUGGAACACGAGUUGAAUGGGUUGCGCUCGGCAGUUAUGGGAACUGAUACAUCAGACCAGUUCGACUGCGAUUUUAAAACAUUUCAAAACAAUCCAGAUUUCAAGAAAUUCAUUGGAAUGUCAGUGUCAGCUUUUUUUUACAUUCAGAAAAACACGACUUUCGCUACAACGGAUAUUCCAAUUCCAUUUGAGAUUGCCAUGGCGAACGUCAGAGACGCAAUCAACUCAACUUCCGGAAUCUUCACUGCGCCUCAAGAGGGACGAUAUUUCUUUUCUUUUACGGGGUUGGCCCAAUUCCCGUUCUCAUCUUCCUACAAACUUCGACUCGGAGUCGGCCUUUAUUUGAACGGCAACCUAAACGGUAGGAGUUGGGUAGCAAAUAAAGCCAGCGACCAACACAGUCCGAUAAAUAUCACAAAGUUUUUCUAG